CCCUUUAGCUCUCUCAACUUUGACUUCUGCCGCAGACGUUGCACUAACUGAUCUAACCCUCCUCACCAGCUACCGAGAAACUUAUCUCAUCUGGCAACACAUCGGCCGAUUUUCAAAAAAGUGGGCCAGAUGCCUUUGAAGAGGGGUGGACCAACCGCCGAGAACGGAAGCCUCUGAUAACAGAAACCCCAAUGCUGCCAGCUUCCUGAGGCCACAGAUGUCACAAGGCCCGCUGAGUAGAAGUUGAGCUUUUGACCUCGUUGUCAGGGUAACAGAGUGAAAAAAAAAAAGCAAGAAGGAAAGAGGAGUCAAGUCAUUCCAUCCUAGCAGUAGCUACGUUGACUUCUCUUCUGGACCCUAAGUCAGACAGCCCUCACCAAACACGUCGUGAAGACAGCAUUUCCAUUCUGUGUCACUGACCCGUCCAAGGGACCUCCACAAUCAGUCACCAGCCCGCGACUGAGAAACAGAGAAUGGGGCUUUGGGCUUUGGCGAUUCUGACAGUUCCCAUGUAUUUCACAGAAACAAAGAGCAGUAAACCAUUCUGGGGUCUGGAAAAUGAGGCUUUAAUUGUGAGAUGCCCCAUAAGCAGUGGCUCCCUUUAUCCCGUGGAAUGGUAUUACUUAAAUACAAAUGAAAGUAUUCCUACUCAAAAAAGAAAUCGGAUCUUUGUCUCAAGAGAUCGUCUGAAGUUCCUACCAGCCAGAGUGGAGGACUCGGGGAUUUAUGCUUGCAUUAUCAGAAGUCCCAACUUGAAUACGACUGGAUACAUGAAUGUCACCAUACAUAGACAGCUACCAGGCUGCAAUAUUCCUGAUUAUUUGAUGUACUCAACAGUAGCUGGAUCAGAAAAAAAUUCCAAGAUAACUUGUCCAACGAUUAAACUCUAUACCAGGACAGCACCUGUUCAAUGGUUUAAGAACUGCAGAGCUCUGCAAGGACCAAGGUACAGGGCGCAUGGAGCAUACUUGUUCAUUAACAACGUGAGGCAAGAUGAUGAAGGAGAUUACACGUGUAAAUUCACACACACUGAGAAUGGAACCACUUACAUUGUGACCGCAACCAGAUCAUUCACAGUGGAAGACAAAGGCUUUUCUGUGUUUCCAGUAAUUACUGCUCCUCCACACAACAAAACAAUAGAAGUGGAAAUGGGAAAAACAGUGAACAUCACCUGCUCAGCUUGCUUCGGUAAAGGCUCUCAGUUCUUGACUGAUGUCCUGUGGCAGAUUAAUAAAAGGAAUGUUGAAAAUUUUGGAGAAGAAAGAAUUCAAGAGGAGAAAGAACAAAAUCAAAGUUCCAGCAAUGACAUGGAUUGUUUAACCUCAGUGUUAAGAAUAACUGAUGUGACAGACAAGGAUUUGUCCCUGAAAUAUGACUGUAUGGCCCUGAACCAUCAUGGCAUCAUAAGGCACACUGUGAGACUGAGAAGAAAACAGACAACUGAUCAUCAAAGCACCUACUACAUAGUUGCGGGAUGUAGUGUAUUGCUAAUGCUUGUCAAUGUCUUGGUGAUAGUCUUAAAAGUGUUCUGGAUUGAGAUUGCUCUGUUCUGGAGGGACAUAGCAACACCUUACAAAACUCAAAAUGAUGGCAAGCUUUAUGAUGCUUACAUCAUUUACCCACGGGUCUUCAGGGGCGGCUCAGCAGGAACCAGCUCUGUGGAGUACUUUGUUCAUCACACUCUGCCUGACGUUCUUGAAAAUAAAUGUGGCUACAAGUUAUGCAUUUAUGGGAGAGACCUGUUGCCCGGACAAGAUGCAGCCACUGUAGUGGAAAGCAGUAUCCAGAGCAGCAGAAGACAGAUGUUUGUCCUGGCCCCUCGCAUGAUGCACAGCAAAGAGUUUGCUUACGAACAGGAGGUUGCCCUGCACAGCGCCCUCAUCCAGAACAACUCCAAGGUGAUUCUUAUUGAAAUGGAGCCUCUGGGUAAAGCCAGCCGACUGCAGGUUGGGGACCUUCAAGAUUCGCUCCAGCACCUUGUGAAAAUUCAGGGGACCAUCAAGUGGAGGGAAGACCACGUGGCCAACAAGCAGUCUCUAAGCUCCAAAUUUUGGAAGCAUGUGAGGUACCAAAUGCCAGUGCCAACCAGACUCCCCAAGUUGGCAUCUGGUGCGGCUCCUCUGCGUGACAAGACAUGCUUGGACCUGAAACACUUCUGAGUUGUGGACCUGACCAGCCAGAGCUGGGUGUGUCCCAGGAGCAGGCAGUGGAGUGGAGCUGUGAAGACUUGGGAUGUCAAGCGUUGCAGCGUCAGGUCCCAGCUAACAGACUAUGCUAGUUCGUUUUCCUAUUUGUGGAUGGGGCCAUACCUCCCUUCUCUGUGCUUUCCUUUGUCCAUGUCAUCUGUUUGUGGCACAACAUCAUCCCCUGUGCCUUUUCUUUUCUUUCAUUUCUCUUUUUAUUCCUUCUUUUUUUUUUUUUUUGGUUUUGAGAUGGCUCAGUCGUUAAAGGCUAGGCUCACAACCAAAAAUAUUCCUUCUUUUUAAUCCUCAACAGUAAUUUACUUUCUGAGUAUCAAGCUGAUGUUCUUGCAUAAAAUUCUGAUUCAUUUCAAAGAGCAUUCUCAUGCCCAGAUGGAGAACAUUCCCAACACACCAGAAUUUCUUUCUUAUCUUUUUUGAUACACAGUUUUGUCAUGUCAAUAUUGCCAAAUUUGUUAGAAUACCUUGUCCAAAUCGCCAUUACAAUCAAGUUUUUUUUUCAGUUGUAAAUGUCUUUUAUGUGUUUUUAUUCUCUUUAGAAAUAUUUUCUCACUAUAAAAGUAAUAAAGGUAUAUUUGAAAACAGAAGGUAUGAAAGAAAAUAUAAUAAAAAGCAAUUAUAACCCUGUCAUCUUAAGAUUAAUUUUGGCAAGUAAGUCUGUAUUUUAAAAUAUGAUUAAAAUGUAUAUAUAUGUAUAUAUAUAUAUAUAUAUAUGAUUUGUAUAGCUGGGAUUGUAUAGUACUGACUUUGCAUUUUUCCUAUUUCUCACCAUAAUGAAAAUCUAUGGUACAUUACUGAGCUUCCUUAACACCACAGGUAUUCAGAAUGUCUCAUCUUAGCUUGUGCUGCAGACUCCAGCUAAAGCGGCCACUAUGAGAAACAAGUCUGCCAUGUUACAUGAUUGCAUCUUUUACCUAAUGACUCAAAUACGUUUGUCACCAUGAGACAACUUGCUUUUUGUGAUAUUUCUAUGACAUGUGUAGGGAAUUUGGACAGAACAGACAAUCUGUAGUCAAAGGUUCUCUGGAAAGUCUUCUUCAGGAGAACACACAUACUUUGGGGUCAUAGACACCCAGGAGUGGAUCCAGAGCCAAGGCAGGUGUCUUAUUGGCACCUCGAGUUUUGCUGGUAGAGAUGAGCCAUGCCUUAGUUGGGUUACUCACUAAGUGAUGGGAUUCCACACUAAAAUGACAAUGAAAACAAAAUAUAUAGACUCUUGAAAUGGAGAGCAAUUUUGAACUCAUGGUCAACAUAUAUUUCAGAGUCCUGGCUGCAGAGAAAUCAUAUACCCAGAAGUCUGUGUAAAGUAUCUAGAAACCCCUCUUUCUAGGGAUUCCAUGCUCUUAAUCUGUACUCUUAAAUUUUCUUGCUAGGUAAACAUUCCCUAAAGUUCAAUUAUAAAGGCUGAAGUUUUAGCUGAAGAUGAUCUGGAAUUCAAAUUUACCUCUGCAUCUAUCCUGUGGUUGUCCAUGCUAUAUCCACUUGCUCUAUUGUAGUAGAGUGCUGUGUUCUUACAUAACAUUAUCUACUUUUAUUGACUUGCCCGAAACUGACCCAUGAAAGGCAUGCUGUGUAUAUAACUAGUUCACACAAUAGAAUGUGGGACCAGGAAGGAAUCCUUGUUUUGGAUAACCAGCUCCAUGACUGUGAGUAAGUUCCUUAAUGUCCUCAAAUAAAAGUUUUCUUAGCUCAGAUGAAAUGCAAUACCACACUAGAUUCUUUUGCUAAUAGAAAAUAGAAGAAUUUGGACUUCAGAAACAAUUCAGUAAAUACUCAUAUUUGGAAUUAUAAAAUCUCAUUGUACACCAUGUGAGUUGACUGUAUUCCAUGAUUUAUCUUAAUGAAGACCUCUAAAAAUAAAAUUCUCUCCAGUCUCCUA